AUGGCAUCCAGAGCCUUUUUUGAUCCAAUGACGCUCCUCAGAGCAGCCCCUGUGAUCUCUUCCACCGCCGCGCUGUGUUACUCCUUUGAUCAGUACAACUUUCUCACCAACUUCCUGAGACCGAUUCACGGCGACUAUUUCAAUGAGUCUGUGCCCUCGUACUUUGCUAGCUUCUUCCCCGCGGGAUUGCCUCAGAUCCUCUUGUUCUAUGGCAUCAGCAUCGGCACCGGCAUGGCCAACGUCUCCAGUCAACCCAACGACGCGUGGCGAUGGUAUGCGGCUGGGACGGCUCUAGCAGUUGGGCAUUUUGCAUUCGUGCCCAAGAUUAUGUGGGCCGUAUCAGCCUUGUUUGAGGAGUUCGAGGACCCAAAGGGCCAGGGCAACCGGAAGCUUAAACGGUGGCUCGACAUUCACGCCGUCCGCUCCUUUGUUGUUGACCUACCUGCGUGGGUCUGCUUUUCUGUCGCCGCUCUGGCGUCUUUGCAGACUGUAUGA